CCAGAGCAGCCUGCAGAGCCCAGAGAAUGUGCAGGUGCACGUGGUGAACACCAACUUCACUCUGAGCUGGAAUUACAGCGGCAGCGAUCCCAACGUGACGUUUUCAGCACAGUUCCAGUGGUCGGAGCUGGAGGACACGGGCUGGCAGGAGCUGCCGGGGUGCCAGGCUGUGGCUGGCACAGGCUGUGACAUCUCCUCGGCCAUCUCCGAGUACUACGACGCCCACUACGUGCGUGUGAGGGCUCAGGCUGGGCCUCUGCUGUCCCCGUGGUCCGAGACUCUGGAGAUGGUGCCGGAAUACGUCGCUCAGAUUGGUCCACCAGGACUGGAAUUGCAGUCUACAGAUGGAAUUGUAAAAGUUAAGGUUUCUCCUCCAGAAGCAAAUCAGAGGAAAAAAAUGUGGAUCAAUGAUCUGAAUUUUAAAUAUAACCUGGUCUUCUGGGAAAACUCAUCACAUGCUCAGCUCCGGAAUAAAAAUAUUUUCCCUGUUGACACCAUCGAUGAUCUUGCCCCAAACAGCACCUAUUGCUUCAAAGUUCAAGCAAAUCUCCCCAUGGAGGGAAAGCAAGGCUGGUUCAGCCCCAUCAGCUGUGUGAAAACCACCCAGAAAGUUGAAGAUCUCGUGUGUGCCACCAACCUGAGUGUCCUGGCUUUGAACAUGAAUUUCCACCUGCUUUGGGAUAACCAGGAGCAGCAGGAUGUGACCUACAACGUGCAGUACCUCUUGGGGUACCUGAAGAAGCUCAAUGAUGAUUACUCAGACAAGUGGCUCGGUGUCCCCAGCUGUGAGAACAUCACCGACACCGGGUGCAACUUCUCCUCCAUCAUCACCACCACUGCAUUUUAUUAUCUCCGGGUGCAGGCCAGGCAGGGACACAACAAAUCCUGUUUAUCCAGGGAAGUCAAAGUGGAUCCUCUGAAAACAAAUGGAAUUGGCCCUCCUGGUGUGAGGCUGGACCUCAGUGACACUUUGCUCCACAUCCUUAUUUCUCCUCCAGGAGGAGCUGAGGAUGAAGUCAUGAGGGACAACUAUGAUUUGUCCUACAGGAUCCUGUACUGGAAGAAUUCCUCAGAUAAGGAGGAGGAGGUGCAGCAGAAGGAGGUGAAGCAGACCAUAGCCACAGUGUCGGAUGUGUCCCCCUCCAGCCUGUACUGUGUCAAAGUGCAGGCCUUCUCAAAGCCCUACAACAAGAGCAGUGCCUACAGCCAGCAGCAGUGCAUCCACACCCCUGCAGGUACACCUUUACCUCUGUUCAUUUUUGGGAUUUUCAUGGGUGCCCUGCUGGUUGUCCUGCUGGUGGCUGCCUCUCUUGUUUUUGUGUUCUACCAAGCCUACAACAAAAUCAAAUACGUGUUCUUCCCCUCCUGCCAGCCCCCCCUGAACAUCGAGGGGUUUGGAGCACAGCUCUUCAGCAGCCCUUACCUGGCAGCUGCAGAGGAGCCUGUGGAAAGUUGCUGUGUGAUUGACUCCAUGGUCACAGAGGAGGGAAAUCAAACUGAUUUUACGGACUACAAACAUUCCAAACAGAGCAGUCGAGACUCAGGGAAUUAUUCCAACGACGACAACACUGCUGGGAGCAAGGGAUCCAAAGAAGCCCUGGAAAAGGAGAUGGUGUAACUUUGGGAAAACAGAAUCCAUUUGUGGGAUUGUCAGCCUCACAAACACUUCACACCUCCUUGUGAUGGAAGUCCCAGCCUGAAGGGGACACUGUGACCUUUGGGAUCCUGAGGGGGAUCCUGAGUGGGACACUGACCUUUGGGAUCCUGAGUGGGGACACUGACAUUUGGGAUCCU